GUAUGCAGUGAUUACGUACUGUCUUAAUGAAAGAAACCACUUUGGUAAACUUUUGAUAGUCCGUGUACAGUGUUUUGACCGAACAUUUUCUCGACUGAUAAUAAUAAACUAAUUCAUGAUUCGCGGAACUCACUGACCUGCUUGUCUUUGUUUCGAUUGGACAGCGGUCCGUACUGAAUUCCCAGCCCCCACCACCCCAUACAUUAAGCAAGACAGCAACCACACACUUCAGUACAGUGGAUGCGUGGAGCAACUACAAUUUGAAUGUGAUCUCUUCAUUGAACGGUCGGCAUCCCAGACUGACUGCGGAGGGGAAACUCCUGGGAACCGAAUGAAGAAACAAGUAUUGCUUCUUUUCACAUACAGAGGAUUUGCAAGGAAAGGGAAAAGGAGUAAAAGAAGAAAAUGGCCAAUUUUAUAUUACGGAAGGCUGAACCAAAGGAUGUGUCUGACAUACUACGACUCAUAAAGGAACUCGCGAAGUAUGAAGAAAUGGAAGAUCAAGUUCUGCUGACAGAGAAAGAUCUUCUUGAGGAUGGUUUUGGAGAUCACCCGUUCUACCACUGCAUUAUCGCAGAAGUUCCCUGGGACCAGCGGAGCACAGGGGGCCAUACUGUGAUUGGCUUCGCCAUGUACUACUUCACAUAUGACCCCUGGAUUGGAAAACUGCUCUACCUGGAGGACUUCUAUGUGAUGAAGGAGUACAGAGGGUUUGGAAUUGGGUCUGAAAUCCUGAAGAACCUUAGUCACACGGCAGUGAGGACACGCUGCAGCAGCAUGCACUUCAUUGUGGCCGAGUGGAACACACCGUCCAUCGAGUUCUACAAGCGCCGCGGUGCCUCAGACCUCUCACUCAAGGAGGGCUGGCGGCUCUUUAAGAUAGACAAGGAGCACCUGCUUAAGAUGUCUGCUGAAGAGUGAGCUUCCUCCGAGUGUGGCGUCACCUCUGGAGGGGGUAGGAGAGUGCACUUAGCUCAUAUCUUAUAAUCCUGUGGGCUUUUAUUGUGAUUUGUCGUAAUAUGGGCAUUGAUUUUCAUCUAGUUGUUAAUACACUAUGAUUUGACUACUGCAUACUUUUCAAUGCUGAAAAUGCAGUCUUUAAGCUUUUCUAAAUAUUAUUCAUGUACCUAUA